GGCCGGCCGUGGUUGGUCGACGCGGGUAGCCUCGGGUGCCUUGGAGGUUAUAGCGAGCGUCCGGCGAGGAUCGGGUUUCUGUUCGGUGGGUUAUCGCGCGGGCGGCACAGAUCGGCGGCGGCAGACGCGUUUCGUCGUUGCGAGCGGAGGGACGCGCACUCGUUCGGCCUGAGCAACGGGUGGCAGGCGCAUCGCACCGCGGCCACCGCGCGCGCACGUGAAACCCCGGGGGCCGCUCGCACGUUUUUACGUACGGCAAAGUGAGGACUCGAUGUCGAUAAUAUGUCGGCUACGAGCAACGUUAGGACGACGCGGAUGCACAGGAUGGCCCGUCGGGCCGUUUGACGAUUAUUUAUGAAUCUACGGAAAGAUCUGAGGCGAGGGUGUCCACGGUGCAACAACAACAACAUGGUGAAGGAGAAGGCGAAUUCGAUCCGCAUCUACGACUCGGAGGGCUACCGACGCAGGGCCGCCUGUAUCUGCGUAAAGAGCGAUCUCGAGGACGAGGUACUACUAGUUACAUCCAGUCGAAGACCCGACAGUUGGAUAGUACCAGGCGGCGGCGUCGAGCCCGAGGAGGAACCAGCGGUCACGGCUCUACGCGAGGUCCGAGAGGAGGCCGGCGUUCUGGGACAGUUGGGCCGUUGCCUCGGCACAUUUGAGGUUAUAACUCGUGAUAACGCGGAACACAAACACCGAACGGAAGUGUGGGUUAUGCGAGUGACCGAGGAGCUGCCGGAAUGGGAGGACUCGCGCGCUAUCGGCCGGAAGCGAAAGUGGUUCACCAUACCGGAGGCCCUGCUGCAGCUUGGUCAACACAAGCCCGUCCAGCGCUCUUACCUGCACAGCCUCCACAAUACCAAUCCACGACAUCAUCCCACCUCUCAGCUGUCCAAUCAUUCGCACUCCACGAUGGCGUCUAUCGAACUAAUGAAUAACUCUAGUAACAAUACCCACUUGAACGAGCACAGCUAAUAUCGUGCUCGCGGAGAUCGACCCGGUUCUCUCUCUUACUCUCUCUUCUUUUUUUCAAUCCAAAAUUCUGACCGCGCCAUGAAUUCUCUCCGAGCAAAACUUGCUGUUAUUUCUCCUUUCUCCCCCUCCCUGAGGGACUCCACUAUGCAACUACUGUUGUGUUUUAUAUAUAUAUAUAUUGAUAUCUAUGUGCUUAUCUUUAUCAUUAUACUCUUAGAUUAAUCAACUACGAUUAUUAUUACGUUUAGUUUUAGAUUGUUGAUAAAUCGGUUCGCGAGGGAGCACCUAGUUUUUUCCUUCCGUUUUUCUCGCCAUAACCGGAUUCUCAUUUUUGAUGUGACAUUUUUUUAUUGAACGCGCGAGAAGAGACGAUUAAGUCAAUUAUUUUUAUCGUCAUUAUUUUUAGUGUUUGUGCCUAAUAUACGUAGAAUGCCAUACACGUGAUCCUUUUCCACGUAUCGCAUAUCCCGGCUAUACAGCUGCGCCAACUUUUUCUACAUUUUUGUCGAGGCGAGGGAAAAAGUUGCGUUGUACUUGUUGAUAUACGGACGACAAAAAUUAUGUAACUUUGUAUAUUAACUUCUUGAAUAAAUUUUGUAAUGAUUUCUGCGAAUUAUAUGCGCGGAGGUACGCGCGGUGCUGCCGAUUUAUACCCUCCGUCGUCUAUGGUUGAAGGAAAGAAUUUCUGAUCACGUGGCACGCACAGGUGCAUUAAUUCUUCGUUACAGCUUAAGUUUACCGUAUUGAUUUCAGGUAUCUAUCAUGGUUUUCUUUCGGUAUUUAUUUCCUCGCGACGCUUUGUGCUGACAAAUUGUUAUGACUCGAAUUUACGAAAUUAAAAAGGGCGGGAUUUUAAUGAGGAAGCGAACGACUUUUGUAGCAGACUAUGAGACAUUAAAUUUUUACUAUUUAGAAAUGA